AUUUGUUUGUACUUUUUAUUUAUCUUUUUUUUUUUUUAGAAAUUAUCAAAUUGUUUUUUGUUAUUCAAUUAUUGAAACAAAUAAUCGUUAUUCAUUACCAGAAUCAUUUGCAAUAAAUGGUCAUUACAAUGAUAAUUCAGCAAUAAUACCAUCAAAUAUUCUUUAUUCUUAUUUUCCAUUUGAUCCAUAUGUAUUAAAACGUUCAUCGAUAUUUAUUCGAUCUAUUUAUAAUGAUUAUCGAGAUGAAAAUGAUGAUAUAACUACUAAUAAAGUUUUAGAAGAUAAUCAUGUAAGUAAAGUUUAG